AACGGGACGGGACGGGAUACCCGUCCCGUUUGAAGCGGGUACCCAAUCCCGUUUGGAGAGUAAAGUCUAUCCUAAGUCCCAAACCCAUACGGGUAACGGGUACCCGUUUAUACCCGUUAAAACCCGCUGAUUUGCUUUCCACAAAUGAAAAAAAAAAUCAGUUGUCCAUUUCCAUAAUCGAUAGUCACUCACUGCUCACAAAUGAAAAUAACCCCCACUGUCCACAAUAAGAACCCAUACCCAUUGGCCACAAAUAAAAAAGAACCCCCAAUGUCCACAAGAAGAAGUUUGAAAGCUGAUGAGAACUGGGCAGCUCAGCAGCAGCACGCAACGAGUACUCUGAAAGUGAUGACAAUCUAGAUGCUAUGGCUGUCGGCGGCGCAUCAGGAUUCGGAAUGCAGAUUCGGAAUAGAGGGAGAGCCAGAGAAGAGGAUUCGAGGGCGACGGGUGUCGGGGCAGGGAUCUAGAGGAGAGGAGCGGCCGACGGCGUCGGGAUUCAUCUUGCUCUGCUCUAGGUCUGCUGCUGCGAGCCGCGAUCGCGAGAGAGGGAGAGUCUGUCUCUGUCUCUCAGGCUCACGAGUAGUCGCCGCCGCCGAGUGAGGGAGAGGUGAGAGGAGAUGGGCCUGGACGCUAGGCUGGGCUCGGGAUUCUGGGCUGGGUUUAUGUGUAUUGGGUAUUGGGAACUGAUUUUAGAAAUCAUAUUUGGUGUAUUGUGAUUGGGUAUAACGGGUACCCAUAUUACCCAAACGGGUAUUAGCGGGUAACCCGCGGGUACCCAAUAUUGAAAUUACAAUCCCAAAUCUCAUCCCACAAUAAAUAUAAUGGGUAUUUGGGUACCCGUAACCCUCAAAAAACGGAACGAGUAUGGAUAUUCCCAAAUACCCGUUUCCCGUUGCCCACCCCUAAUGAUAGUUCUUUGUAAUAGUGUGAGUGAUAUCAAUUGACUAUAUCAUCUAUAUGCUAUAUGGUGUUUUGAACGUAUGCCUCAACCCAUCCAUAGAGGCAGGCAGGCAGCACAUGCAUGUGCGUCUCUUUUUCAAUGCCCGAACCGACCCGUCAGGUCAAAAGACCAAACUCUUUUCAGUUCAGAGUACACUCUGGAAUUCGACUGCUCAUUAGUCAUUACAUGCGGAUGCGAUGAACCGUGAAAGAUACUUUCAAAGACUACGACUUGUUGAAGGCCACUUGAAAUAUGCGUGAUGAAAAUUCCAAGCCGUCAGAGGCGAACCAUGCUCUCAAAUAGUCAUAGGCCGUAUGGGCGCAGCUCUCUGGUCUGUCCACCAAUGUUUCGUCGAUCCACUGCCAGUGCCUAGAUGUCUCAACUUUACAGAGUAUAGUAGACCAAUUUGUUGCUAUCAGUUUGAAAACAAAAUUAGGUGUAGUCGACUAAAAGUCAUGGAGUCCCAUUGGCAAGCAGGUCAGCAAGUCGAGGUUCAAGGGCGAAGCUUCUGGUUGGGGGCGUUGCCCCGACCCAUGGUGUAUGAGUUUAUACACUCUUGCUUGUCUGUUUUUGGAUUAGGUUAGAAUAUGCGGAGGAGGUACUAUAUACCUUUUCAAUCUCUAUGUGAAACCGGUCUUUUUUGUUUGUGGAUUAGCUAACAAAUAUCGUGUUAGUGAAUCCCGUAGAUCUGUAUGUUCUUUACUUUCUUGCAUUGUCGAUUUCUCAAUUCGUCCUGACACCGGUGUUCAAACAAAGUGGUUAACAUGAUAAUAGUUUCAAUUUGAUACGAGCACGGAACCGAUGCGCGUAAUUAUAGAAGUCGCACAACCUAAAGCAAGGAUUAAAGAUAGGGAUAAGGCGGAAUUCAAAGUGCAAUCUCACACCUGUGAGAAAGCUCUGUCAAUAUAAGGGUAGAAGGUCGACCACAAUCAAGAUGGAUGCUUGAUUGAUACAGAUACACGCUCAACGCGAUUUGAGUCCACCAACGACAAGAUCAAAAUUUACUAGCCAAAUAUACUUAAUCAACUAGAGUAAAUUCAAUUGAUCAUCAAAGUAUAAGUCUAAAACUCGUGUUUACAACCCUUUAAAUAGGUCUAGAAAAAUAAAACUAAUCAAAAAACCUGAAAAGGAAAAGAAUUCUAAACACAAAAAGGUAAUUUUAACCGUCAGUGGUAUCCCACGGUCUGUGUCUUCAUGUUCUACGAUCGUGAAAUUGAUGUCCUUUGUCGAGGGACUCCCUUGCUCAAAUCUCCUCUCUGUCCUUGUGUUCCACGGUCGUGGAAUUUACUCCCCUGAUCGAGGAUUUUGAACCGGUCUUCAAACUACUCGUUUGGUGUCCAGGAAGUUUCACCAUUCUCACCCAACACCUUCGCGAUCUUUAAUUGAACUCAUAAUUUCAUGUCUAACUCCAAACCCCCCAUCGACUAUCUUCUAAGAUGAAGAUACAAGCCUCGUAAGUAGAUACCAUGAGACUAUUACCACACUUGACCAUUUUCAACUCAUUAGUCCUCCACGAAUUAAUAACUAUUUUGAACGCUU